AGCUCGGCGUAUAAGCACCUUAUCGCUCACGAGCAGGCGCGUAAUAACCGCGCUGCGCUAUGCAUGGUAUCGAAACACAAAACAAGCGAGGAGAGAGCUGCGGCAGAUGUGUUUGUGGCAGGUUGUUUUCCGGUGAUGCAGGUGGACAAUAGAGGGCCGAGGUCGUUCUGUUCCCCGAGAAGACAUGAUGACAUGUGAGAUUCUGAGUAGACUGUUGGCACUUUGCGUGAUAGCCUGCGUCGCGCGAGCUGGUUCCACCCUCCAAGACGCUCGAGAUUUCGAGGAGAAAGUGUCCAUUCUCCUGAAAGAAGAACCAGAAACCCCCAAAUGCUUUGCUGAAGGGAGGAAGGACUUCACGUGCUUCUGGGAGGAAGAUGAGGAGAGAGCUGGCUCUGUGCAUCAGUACUCCUUUACAUACACCUACCAAAAUGAAAACAGCAGCAGGUGCCCCCUCAGUGCCGUCCCUGCAGCAGGUGGGAAAAUGCUGUUUGUAUGCCAUCUGAACCGAAUUCAGAUGUUUGUCCAAAUGGACAUCCAAGUUCAUCGGGAGGGAAUACUGAUACACAAUCGCAGCCUCCUCAUCGAACUCGUCUUUCUUCUGGAUCCUCCUGCUAAUGUAACAGUGAGCAGCACAGGUCAGCAAGGCCAGCUGAAUGUCAGCUGGGUGCCACCUCCUCUGAAGUACAUGGAUGACAGCAUGAUGUAUGAGGUCUUCUAUUCUCUGGCUGACAGCCACAUCGGGCAGGUUGAAGUGGCCCGGGCAUGCUCAGAAUAUAUCUUGAGAGGCCUGCAGUCCAGUAGAAAGUACAAGGUUCAAGUCCGUGUAAAACUGGAUGGAGUUAGCUACAAUGGCUACUGGAGUGCCUGGAGUGACCCAGUGUUCAUGGAAACUCUUCCUGCAGAAUUUGAUCCACUCAUCAUCUCCCUGACGCUCAUCAUCUCUUUCAUCUUCAUUGUCCUGUGUCUUGCUAUGCUCCUGUCCCAUCAUAGGUUCCUUAUAAAGAAGAUUUGGCCAGCUAUUCCAACUCCUGACAGCAAAUUUCAGGGUCUUUUUACCAUUUAUGGUGGGAACUUUCAGGAGUGGUUAGGGCAAACCAAUGGAGGUUUGUGGCUGACGCCAGCUUUCAUCUACUCAGAAGAAUGCCCCUCUUCUCUGGAAGUACUCUCAGAACUGAGCCUAUGCCCCUCACUGCCCUCUCCACCUCUGCCACCCAAGGCCUCUAGAGCUUUGAGUGCAGUCAGGAAUGAGGGCAGGGAAUUGAGGAAUGGGGUUGAAGAAAGAGCACUGUUGGUAAAAGACAAUUUAGAUGGCGAGACAGAUGGGGAAAGAGCCGCACCGCACCACCACUGGUUACUGGACCGCUUGCGGGCACUCCACCAGCACCAGGUUCCCUGCUCGCAGUCUUCUCUGCUGGAGUCUCAAGACACCUACGUCACCCUCAGUGCCAACAACAACAGUGACGAUGAGCCCGUGGAUAGCAACCUUGAGGAAGCCUUGCCCCUUGAGGCUCUUUUUCCCUCUGGAAAUACAGCAUUGUGUGAAUCUCACUCUGACCUGGGAUCAGCGCCUCAAAGCUCUGGAUCAGGUUGCAUUUCUUCCCAGUCCAGUUUUGAGUACCCAAACCAUGCCUGGAUGGCCAAGGGCCCCGGGUACACCUACAUGGCAGUGGCAGACUCUGGGGUCUCAAUGGACUAUAGCCCCAUGAGCAGAGUUGAUGAAAAUGGAAAAGUGCCUGUCUACACUAACGAGUACAAGAACGCGAUCCCUGCUCACAGGAAACCCUUCUUGGUGAGGCAGUACCCUGUCCAUGGUGAUGGCUGAGAGGAAGCUAAACUGUUUUAAAACAGACUCUGUAAGGGAAUUUGGAUAUUCACCCAAGGCAACAUGGCUCCCCAUCAACUGUUACGAAAGUAACUGGGGAGGUGACUGACACCACAGUGUAAGCUAAAGAACUCUGUACAUGACACUGAGGGAUUGUACUUCUUGAGUUUCUCCACCAUGAAGAAUUUUGUAAAGCUUCAUGUUAAGGCAUACAUAUUGACCAUUAACAGGUUUCUUAUUAGCACCCAUACUGGUAGCAGACUGGUUCUUUAUUAGUCAUUAUAAAGCACUUUCUGAUGCUGCAGUCUGCACCAUAUACUACAAAAAUAAUUAAUUUGCUAUCUAAUUACUGCUCAUUGAUGGCAAAUAAGGAAGUAGUUAUUCAUAACCUAUUGCCAAUAUAAUAGCAGUUUUCCUUUUAUAGCAUUUAAUGAAUACGGGGUAUUCUUGUGAAAGACUGCACAAAAGUAAGUGUUAAGUGUUGUAAUAGUGUUAAAAAACCUGUAGGUUGACAGAGGUGCAAAGGAGCAAGAAGUACAAACUUGGCACCAUUAACACCAUUCUCCUUAUUAAUCGAUAGCAUACUUUUGUUUUCAUAUCAUGUUUAAGGUAUAGAAUAAAUGUACUGCUUUAACUAAAUUUUAUAAUUUUCAGCUGAUAGAGCUUUUAUAUUUCUCAGCAUGAGGCACCAUUUAGCACCCUAAUUCACACAUCACAAAAGCUACACAGACAAAAAUGAACUUGCUUAAAGCAAUUCAUGCUGCUUGGUUAGAGCAGCAUUCUCUAUAUAAUGCUUUCCGUGCAGCAUAACAGAAUUUUAGGUGAACAAAGCAGUAGGAGUUUGCCUCUAGCUUUUAUGUCUUCUUGUUAGAAGUAAUGCGACUUUCACAUUUUUUACAUUGUUGUAAAGUCAAACUUCAAGUUUCUGCAAUCUUUGAUAAAUUGUAUCAUUACCGACAUUAAACUGUGAAAUAGCACCUACUCAAUCAUCCAAUUACCAGAAGAAACUUUGUACAAACAUCAUCAUACAUAUAGCAGUUAUUAAUAUCUAUGUAUACUUUUGUUCAGCUCACCGCUAAAUACUGAAUGAAGGCCUGGAAAAAAACUCUGCCAGAGCAGGUUUUUGAUGAUCAUAUUAAUUAAGGCUUUGUGCAAGAACAAGCUCAUCACCACAGCUGUUGUUACUUAAUUUUUCAUCAUCACUGCUGUGAAAAAGAAAGUUGUGUUGUUUUUUUUUUUCAAACUCAGCAUCAAGUGUAUAUUAUUCCAAAACGACAAAUAAACUUAGCUUGGCUAACAUUUGAUAAAAUCUAUAACGCUCUCUGUCUUUUUAAAAAUAAUUAUGGCAAAUCUGGCAGCCAUCUGCAGCUAUGAAAAAGCAUGCCCUCUUUCAGUUAAUGGAACCUCCGUUGUAUUAUUGUACGGUCUUUACCUCACAAUAUAAAGGGCCUUGAGGCAAUCUUGUUGUGAUUUGACGCUAUAAAAAUAUAAUUGAAUUGAUCUCAGUUCUCGAGCUUUAAGUGACAGGUGUACUCAGUCUUUCUAUACUGCUCCUGCAUUUUGGCUUUGCUUUUGAUAAGUAAUAUAUAUUUUUAAUAUGUUAUUUGCAGGUGUUCAUUUGAGGUUUUUUAAAUUUUAAGAACUUUUGGAUAUUUUGGAUCAUAUCCAAGUGUGAAACUCACUGUACUUGUACAUAAUAAUACAGUUUUUGUUUUCUGUUUUUAUCACAAUUGUUUGAGAAGAUGAUCAAAUCUGUAAAUUGCUGCCAUUUCCAAGAAAACCUUGGAUCUUGAAGUAAAAGAAAUCUAGUAACCACUACUAAUGCAGGGCGUGGGGACAUUUUAAGCCAAUUUCCAUUUUCAUCAAUCACUCCAAAAAAUUGAUUUCCAUACUUUUGCACAUCCUUGUUUGAUUUUGUUGCUCAAAAACAUCUAGCAACUGAAAUUGUAGUUACUCUAAAAGCACAAUUCUCAACACUGUUGAAUUAUUUUAGUCCAGCAAAGUGUGAUAUGGCAGGAAAACAAAUUUUAUAGCGCAAAAACUGACAACUCGCUAGCUUUCACAGUUAGUUUGCGAGAGCUUUUCUAUAAUAAAGUUGUCUUUUCCCCUACAAACAGGAACUAGCUCUUUACUAGGGGGAACUCACCAAUGUGUAUUUCUUUAUGCUUAAAUAUACAUAAUAAGAGAAACUUUUUCAUUUUGUAAUUUAUUUGAAUGUGAUAUCAGCUACUGAAGUCUCGAGUUUCACAAAUUAUGAUAAAAGAAAGACAAACAGAAAAGCAUUACACUGUGUGUUUAUUGGAAUUUACAAUGUGCUUUAGAGACUUUUUACUCUGUGUCAUUUUGUCUUGUUAUUAAGGCACUCUCAGCCAAAAAUGUUGGAAAACCACUGUUUAGUUUAAGACAUUCACAUUCCUUAAACGUCUUUGUAAGGACUGUUAAUGUUUUUGAUUAACCUUCAUGUCAUUUAAAAUUCAAACUCAUUAAAUAUUGUACUGCUACA